CUGACAAAAGCUGCUUAGCCCAACCAGUUGCCAUGGAUACAGUCAGGAGUAGCACCCGGCGUGUGUGUGAGAGAGAAAGAGAGAGAGAGAGAGAGAGAGAGAAAGAGAGAGAGAGAGAGAGGGAAAACCAACAGGCAAGCAUCAGACAGAACCAGUGAGGAAGCGAGAGAGCACCAGGCUGCAGGACAGAGAGAGAGUGUGAGUGUGAGAGAGAGAGGAACAGAGGGAGACAGCCGGAGAAAUAGUGAUAGAGCGAUAGAGUGAUAGAGAUAGCUAGAAGAUGGAGGUGCAGUCGGAAUGCGUGGAGCCUCCUCCACAUCCUCCUUCCGUUCCCCCAUGUGACCCCCAGCCGCCAGGGAAGAUCAACAAAGCAGCCUUAAAGCUGUUUGGAAAACGACGCUCCAGCUCCGGAAUGGCCAGAUUCUUCUCCUUCAGGAACAAAGGGGCCAACGGGAAUGGGAAUUCCGAGAAUGGGAAUUCUGUGAAUGGGAAUUCUGUAAAUGGGAAUUCUGUAAAUGGGAAUUCUGUGGGGGCGGCUAACGAGCUUGUCAGGAGUAAAACGCAUGACGGACUAACAAACUCGGAGACAGAUGGACAGAGAGGGGAGGAGUCCGGAAUAUCAGAGGCGGGACAGGUGAGGUCUCUCAGCAAAUCACUGAGCUUCUUUUCUCUGCUCAGACGAGGAAGUGUGAGAGCUAAUGAGAAUACAGGGUUUGGAAGCGGGGGGAGGGGUUUAAAAGGCUUCUUUAGUAGUAUGAGGUGGCGGCGGAAGGAGAGAGUGACGGAGGGAGAGGUGGGGGUAACUGAGGGGAGGGAGGUGAGAGAGGGGGAUGUGAUUCUAACGGAGGAAGUGAAAGACGUCACUCUGACCCUUGAACCCCAGCCCCGUUCACCCCAGGAGGAUAAUGGGAGCUUGGAGGCUGAGCCAAACACAGAAUCGGCGGGAACCUCUCCCGCAGACAACGCCACAACCCCACUUACGCACUCUACUGCCAUGACGACAAACCUGUCAGAAUCCCCCUAUACACCAUCCCCCUCCCCUCUCCACUCAAGACCCAAAACAUCAAUUUCCUCAGCAACGGCCACCCCCCCUCUGGAUCGGUGCGACCCCACCUCUGAACCCUCAGUGGACCGGCUCUGUUCACUCCUCUUCACUGAUGUCACCUCGCUCAAGAGCUUCGAUUCGCUGACAGGGUGCGGUGACAUCAUCGCAGACGCAGAGGAGGAGGGGGCAGGAAAUGUGGGAGGAGGAAAUGGAGGAGGAGGAAGUGUCACCAGCAGUAGUAGUAGUAGUGGGGGAGGAGUAGUACGAAGCUCCCCAGCUAAAUCCUCCAUUCCUACCCAUGUCACCCCUUCCAGCAUUACCCCUACUCCCACCUCUGCCCCUGCCCCCCUCCCAGCCAGGGCACGGUUGAUGCCCUCUCACUCUGCCCCGACUCAGCAGCCCUCUGGCAGCGGCGUGGUGGCCUACAUGGGGGGUGGCGAGGAGAUGGCCAGCCCUGACGGUGUGGACGACGCAGACAUGCAGGGGCUCUGGCACAUGCUCCCCUCUGGGGGAGAAAACUCCCCCGCCCUCCCCCGACCCAGCUGUCACCUGGCUCCCCCAAGGGGUACAGAGCGGAAACCUCCCCAGGUCAAGUCUCUGGGACUCAGCAAGAUCCCUGUAGUGGGGGGAGGAAGGAUGAGUAAACUCCCCUCUCACCCCGCCUGUCAAAGUUCCUCGCCCAAUGAGAAGGAGGAAGUCCUGCCCCAACAGGAUGUCCCAGCCCUUAGAGACGAGGGCUAUUGGGAUACGCCCUCGGCAACCCCCACGGCAACGCCUGAAGACGGCUUCCUGCGGAAUCAGAGAAUUGGUUUAUCGCGUGACAGCUGCUCUGGCGACGCGCUCUAUGACCUCUACAACGAGGAAUUGGACAGAUCUGAUGAAGAGGAGGAGGAGGAGGAAGAAGAUCUGACGAGUUCUCCUUCCCCCUCCACUGGCGACUACAAACUCAGCCCUCUCUCCCAGACUACUCCUCCUUCCUCUUCCUCCUCUUCAUCCUUCCGCUCGAUGAAGGGAAGCACUAGCCUUCCCCGCGAGUCCAAAAUCCCUCUUAGUGUCAGACAGACCACACCCCCUCACUCUGUGAGCCAAUCAGCUCUUUCCACUGUCCUCGCGGCCGCUCCGCCCUCUGACACACCCACCCAAGCCCCUCCCCCAGCCCGGACCAGGAUCCCUGUCUCCAAGGUGCCAGUCCGUCGCCCUGGGAACAAGCCCGGCAACACGACACGAGGGCCAGCCCCGAGGAAGUAAGUCUGGACCAGGCAGCCAUGGACUUUGGUGUCUUUGGUUAGAACUAAACAACAUCACUGGACUGGUGUGUACGACAUUGCUGGACUGGUGUAUUGUGAAAUGCAUCAGACAAUUAUAUAGACUUGAAAGAGAGUGAUAGGAGCUCUAAACAACACUCCCAUUGUAUCCUGGUGGGUCAUGCCCCCACAAAAGUUGAACUUAAAAAAAGAAAAUCUACAUCACUGGACUGUGCAGCAUCACUGAAAUGAUGUGUAUGGGACACUUUUAAAGACUUCAAGUGGGUGAGGGGAGAGCAUUUAAAAGUUUGGGAUCCACUUUUUUUGACAACUCUCAGCGCUUUUGAAUAUGUAAACAACGGUCACAGAAUUCAACUGCACUGCACACCACUAGGAAUUACUAGAGAAGCUUUUCCUCUUCUCUUCAAGUCCUUUUUCUAAAACACAGAUUUUUAUAUGAUACCACGUGUUUAAUUUAACGACGGCCUAAUCUUAUUAAACAGUUUGUAAUUAUCUAAUUGCUAACUAAUUACCUCAUAAUCCCAGACUACAAUCACAGUCUCAAUCCUCAACUACACAUUUUUUAUGCCAUUUAGCAGGCGCUUUUAUUCAAAGCGACUUACAGUCAUGUGUGCAUAUAAUUUCCACGUAUGGGUGGU